AUGUCAGCCCACCCCCAAGACCGCUUCCUGAUAUCUUCCUCCACCCCCUCAUCCAUCCCCAACCAAAACCCCCAAAGCACACCCUCAAGCUGCUCCAUCAUCCUACCCUCAAUCCAACCUUCUAUCCCCACGUCAUCACCCCCAUCAAGAUAUCCCUCCAGCGCUGCCGCAGCACAGAACUCCAACAUCACAACUACCUCCUCACUCACCCCUUCAUCCAAACUUACCUUCCUAUCGACGCUCCUCAUUCCUCCAUCCACCCUCACUACCCACCUCGCUCCCUCCCACUCCCCCAGCGUCUCCACAAACCCCUGCUCUAAAUGCCCCGCCUCGAAAGCAUGCAGGAAGCAAUGCAUGCCCAACACUCCCUCGCCCUGCACGAGUUCUUUGAUUGUUACUCGUCCCAAAGUUUCCGUAGAAAUGGAAUACAGCGGCAGGAUACCAGCCGUCAUCGUUGAUGCCGGGCAUGCACCGCCGAUCGGAUGGGGAGCGUAG